AUGAUACGCGCCUCAGUCAUCUGUAUAUCUCACGGCGGAGGCCCGCUUCCUGUUAUCGGUGGACCAGGUCACGAAGAAAUCACCUAUUCCCUUAAAACCCGGGUCCCGAAAAUCCUCAAGCUUGGCACCCCCGAAGCACCGCGAGCCAUCAUUUGUGUAACAGCGCACUGGUCUGAACAUCAACCUACCAUCUCGUCCGCUAGUCACCAUGAUCUCUACUAUGAUUACGGUGGUCUCCCAAGAGAAGCAUAUAACCUGGAAUACCCGGCUCCGGGAUCUCCCUCUGUCGCCAAUGAGGUCAAGAAUGUUCUUACAGAAGAAGGCUUUAAACCUGGUCUCAAUAGCCAACGGGGUAAGUCAUGUAUCCCAUUUUAA